ACUUCGGCGCCGGAGCGGAGUCCGGGCGCCACUCCGCUGAGCCUCACUCCGAACUACACCUUCCUCCUGUCUCUCGUCGACUCGGAGAACCGCACCGUCGACGCCAACGCCACGAGCAGCGACGCCAACCUGUCGGCGAUAGAGACCAACAUCCUGUCGUACCCGACCACGCAGGCCAUCUUCUACAUCGAGUACAUGACCAUCUUCCUCCUGGGCGUGUUCGGCAACUGCCUCGUGUGCUACGUCGUUUUCCGCAACAAGGCCAUGCAGAACGUGACCAACUUCUUCAUCACCAACCUGGCCCUCGCCGACAUCCUGCUGUGCGUGCUGGCCGUGCCCUUCACGCCGCUCUACACCUUCAUGGAGGAGUGGCUCUUCGGCAGGAUCCUGUGCCACCUGGUGACCAUGGCGCAGGGCACCAGCGUGUACGUGUCCACGCUGACGCUCAUGUCCAUCGCCAUCGACCGGUUCUUCGUGAUCAUCUACCCGUUCCGGCCUCGGCUCCGCGUGCCCAUCUGCUACCUGAUCAUCGUGUCCAUCUGGCUCUUCUCCAUCUCGGCCACGCUGCCCUACGCGCUGUUCGUGCGCCAGGUCGAGUACCAGGACCGCUUCUACUGCGAGGAGCUGUGGCCCUCGGAGUCCAUCCGGCAGGUGUUCAGCCUGUUCACCGCCAUCAUGCAGUUCGUGGUGCCGUUCAUCAUCAUCCUGUACUGCUACGUGAAGAUCUCGAUCCGCAUGAACGAGAGAGUGAAGGCCAAGCCGGGCAGCAAGAGCUCGCGCAAGGAGGAGGCCGACCGCGAGCGGAAGCGCCGCACCAACCGCAUGCUCAUCGCCAUGGUCACCAUCUUCGGCGUCUCGUGGCUGCCCAUGAACGUCGUCCACCUCGUCGGCGACUACUACGCCCCCGCCAGCACCUGGGACUACUACAACCUUUGUUUUUUCAUCACGCACGUCGUGGCCAUGUCGUCCACCUGCUACAACCCCUUCCUGUACGCCUGGCUCAACGAGAACUUCCGCAAGGAGUUCCAGCUGGUGCUGCCGUGCUUCCAGCAGGCGCCCUCCACCGACCGCGUGGGCCACUGGCGCUCCGAGCGGACCUGCAACGGCAACGACACCCAGCAGGAGACCUUGCUCGCCUCGGGCGCCGCAGCGGGAGGGGCGAGCGCGGGGCGGCCGCCGCUCAGGAGCCAGCAAUCCUGCGCCAACGAGAGCCCCACGAGCAAGGCCCAAGCCACCCUGGAGGCCCACCCGCUGACCACCUUCAUCGAGGUCCCGCCGCACGCCAACGACGGCGCGCACGACCAGGCCGUCGAGCCGCUGGUCAACGGCGAGGCCUCCGAGUACGUGUGAACGUAAGUAGGGAACGGCCUGCUCGCACGCCUUCUCGUCCUCUCGUUCGUGCAAUUCCCACAUGCUCGCUCUUGCAAUGCCUGAGGGUAACACGAGCGACGUAUACACACAAAUUGCAUCUAUUCAGGGAGUGAAUGGGGAACGUCACUGAGAUAUAAUCAGGCAACUUGUGAAAUACAAUUAAUUGACGAAAAUGAUGUAUGGGUUUUGUAAUAUAUGUCACGCAAGUUGUAAGAAAGGUUCAAAGGCAACUUCUUGCGCCGAAAAAACAGACUUUUUACUUCCGACCGCGAAGGCUUCUCCAAAACCCGAGAAGGAAAAUUGUCAAAAUUACUUUCCUCAACAAAGAAACGUAUGAGACUUUACAUCGAAUAACGGAUAACUAUAUAUACAUACCA